GGUCUCUUCGUUCACCUGCGCACGGUAAUAUAAUAUCAACAUGCCAAUAUCUCACCUGGCACACUUAUCUCAGCCAACUAGCUAUAAGUGGUGCGCAUCCUGAGCCUUGUGGCCGAGAAUCCCAGUCGUUGCUAGCUAGCCGCGCUGGCUAUUCACAGGCAGUAGCCCGCCCUAGAGGUCCACGUAGGAUUAUGACAGCUGCAUCCUGCGGUGGAUAUCGACGUGCAGCUGAGCGUACGGAGUAGAGCGAAUGAUGACCCGAUCAUCUAUAAUAAGAACCACACGCUGACCCGAAGCGCUAGCGAGCGAUAUUCCUUUUUCCAUCGUGCUUGAAACCGCUCUUUCACACUCGAGCAAUCACAAUAUGGAACGACAAUUUGCGAUAUGCAUUGCGACUGGCGUGGCAAUAUGGGUUCUACAGUUGGCCUACAAGUUGCUCAGGUCUCCCCUUCGUCAUAUACCCGGGCCAUUGUACACGAGGGCAACGAGACUGCCGCUCAAGAUAUCGAUCAUCACGGGGAGGCGCAUCUACUUCAUCCACAAUCUUCAUCAGAGAGAUGGACCCGUGGUCCGCAUCGCCCCGGAUGAGGUGUCUAUCUCGUCACUGCCGGAGUUUAAGGACAUCCAUCGUACUGGGUCGCAAUACUUGAAAACGCCGUGGUAUCAGGAAGCCACUUUUGACCGGAAGCCAGGAAUAUUCGCCAUGCGCGACCCCAAGGAACAUGCUGCACGGAGGAAGUUACUUGCGCGCCCGUUUGCAAAGUCCGAGUUGCGAUGGACGUGGGAACCAGUGGUGAGGGCAAAGGCCCAGUUAUCUGUGUCACAGAUGCGAGGGGAGUUGUUGGCCACCCGAAAAUCCGACCUGCUGAAAUGGUGGACCUUUUUCGCCACCGAUGUCAGCGGAGACUUGAUGUUCGGCGAGUCAUUCGGCAUGCUUCAACUUGGAAGGAGAACCAAAUACAUUGACGCCCUAGAGUCCCUGCCCAUUGUGGGAUUCAUAGGGCGAUAUAUUCCGCAUCCCUCCUUCCAGGCCAUGUUUCGCUCCAGCGACUAUCUUUCCGAGUAUGGAAGGCGUGCGGUUUCCAACAGCCGAACGAAUAGCAUCUCCACCCGAAAUGUCUUCACCGGGAUGCUCGCUGAGUCGGAUAAAGAAAGUGGAACGCUUACUGAGGAGGAUGUGAUAACUGAAGCUGGCAACUUGAUCGUGGCUGGCUCGGAUACCACGGCAGUUACGCUGACGUACCUAGUAUGGGCAGUGCUGUCGCAGCCGAUGCUCCAGCACGAUCUAGAAGAGGAAGUCAGUAGCUUGGACCCAACCUACAAUGACGCUGCGCUGGAGGAGCUGCCGAUAUUGAAUGCUGUCCUCAUGGAGACCCUGAGACUCUACGGAGCAGCCCCAGGCUCGUUGCCUCGCCGUGUCCUGAAUGGCGGAGGGAUCUUCUGCGGAUAUCAUGUGCCCCAGGAUGUGACGGUCAGCACGCAAAGUUACACAGUCCAUCGCGACGAGACCCUGUAUCCGGAUCCGGAGACCUUCGAUGCGACUCGAUGGCUGCCUGGGGAUGAGCGUGACUCGGACGCAGCACGACAGGCGUUUUCUCCCUUUGGACAUGGAUCACGAGGCUGCCUUGGGAUCCAUCUGGCCUGGAUGGAACUUCGUCUCGCGGUCGCUGAGUUCUUCCGGGAAUGUCGGGGGGUACGGUUGGCGCCCAGCGCGACGUGGGAGAGCAUGAAGCCGGAGAACUAUGUUCUGAUUGCGCCAUCGGGGCAUCGGUGUGAAAUAAUGCAGGCAUAACGGUAAUUGUGCCAUGUGAUAUUGGUUCCUUCUGCGUCGAAUUUCGCCUUCGGUUCGUAGUGAGUAGUGACUAUCGAUGCGCGUAGGGGUAGAAAGGGGUCAGUUCGCCACGGUGAGCGUGCAGAGUCGAUAGAGGAACAGAG